GUCCGCGUGGAAGGCCGCGCGUUUCGUUGUCGCGUCGCGCGUUAUACGAACGCGAUGUCUUUUUGUUUGUCAACAAAUCUUCAUCAGUGCUUGGUGACAAUAUAAAACCCCUGUGUUUGUUUCAUGAUGUAAAGAAAGGUUUGCGGAAGUGUGCGCGAAGAUGGACGGUGCGAACGCUGACUCAGACCAUUCUAUGACUUGGGAGGACUUUUUUGGUAGCACAACAGACCUAACGCCAACACUUAUCGGAAUCUACGAUUCGCUAUUGGCACAAGGAAAAAGUUUGAGGCCAGAAACUGAACCUUUAGAAACAGCAAAAGAUGCUAGAAACGACCCACCGGUAACUGAGGAACUUACUAUUGAAGAGACAAAAGACACAGAAGAUUCUAAAACAGAAGUAACAGCAAACGGUCCAAUGAAAACCUCUGGCAGUGCCAAACUUCCCGUAGCGACGAUAAACAAAAGUUCUCUAUAUUCGUUUCGAACUAAAAGUGAAGAAAAUGGUGCUAGUGAAAAGUGUGAGCUUACCAGUGAACCUAUCCUUAAAGAUAAAUUACAAAGGACGUUUAAAGAUACUAAAGGAGAAACUUCGGCGUUUGGAAAUCUCUCUCCGAAUGUCAAAAGAAUGAUAUCGGGUGCGACAGAGACAACAACAUUGAAGUUCCAAAAGAAAACUACGCCAACAGUCAGAUCUUCAAUGAGGCAUAGAUCUAAUAUUCCUUUAGUUGGAGCCACUUCGAAAAUAUCCCAAUCCGGGGUAGAGAUUCUACCUUCAGUAGAAAUUUAUGAUCAGCCGUGUAGUAUGAAAAGUUUCGGCAAAAGUAAAAGUGAAGAUAACGAUUCUCUUUCAAAGACUGUAUCUAUCAAGCCUGAGUAUAAACUUGAUGAUCCUCAAACUACUUACGACGUCCCAACGAACAACAAACCUGCCAUAUACGAUGUGCCGAGUGCAAACAAAAACGCUUUUGAGUCUUUAUCUUUGCCUUACAUUGAUCAAUCAAUAGAAUUAUCUAUUAGCUCUAAUGAUAGAGAAUUCGAUAUUAAAUUAUCUUCAAAAGAUAAUUCACCAAUAAAGGCAGAAACUAAAACAUCUCCUAAAGGUACUCCUGUGAAAAUUCCGAAAGUGGUCAAUGGGGGAACUAAUAGUUUAAACAGGAAGGAGUUUAAAAGCGAAUCUCCAUCAAAAUUGUCCAAAACUGGACCGUAUCCUGAAGCUGUAGGAUCUACAGGGAACCUUAAAUGUCCUGUACCAGAGACAGUUAUUCGGACUCCAGUGGAAGUUAUUCGUCCGUUGUCGAUGAGCUCCAUUGCGUCAUCCAGCUCAACGUCAAGUAGUGGAGUCCAGAAUAAAGGAGGAGUGAACUCAGCGUACUUGGCUUCUAUAGAGAGUUUAGAUGACCACAGUGAUGCUGAUAUGAUGUCAGCAAACGGAAGCAACAAUUUCGUAAACAAUGCUGGAGUGACCACCAGUGUUUCUGAGGAGAGGAGAUCUGAAAGUCCACGUACGACGCGAGAGGAGACGUCGGGUCUCUCGCAGCUGGAGCGCGUGUGUGCAGAGAUCGUGCAGACGGAAAAUGUCUAUGUGGAGGAUCUGAGGCAGGUCGUUGAGGGUUACCUGCACAUCUGGCGGCAAGAGUCCAUCUUCUCCGAGGACGAAUUGACGGAGCUUUUCAACAAUAUCGAGGAUAUUUACGCUUUUAAUAGAUCACUCUGCGAGGAGCUGAAUACCUGCCGUUUGGACGCGACCUGCAUCGCUCGUUGCUUCGUCGACAACACUUCUGGUUUCGCCGUCUACACGUCCUACUGUACCGGCUAUCCCCGCACUAUGGAGCGUUUGGCUGCUCUUGCUUCUAACAACCAUAGUGCUCGGGAGUUUAGAGAGAGGCAGGUUGCGUUGGGACAUCCUCUGCCGUUGGCGUCGUAUCUGCUGAAGCCUGUGCAGCGAAUUCUGAAGUACCAUCUGUUGCUGCAGAACGUGGUGAAGCAGUGCGCGUCCCGGGAGACGGAGUACGCUCUACUGAAGAUGACAGGCAUCGCGCAGCACAUUGACGACAUGAAGCGAAGACACGAACAUGCUGUCCGUGUGCAGGAGAUCCAGUCACUCCUGUACGGAUGGAAUGGCCCGGAUUUGACUACGUACGGAGAGUUGUGUGCCGAAGGGACAUUUAGAGUGUUCGGCGCGAAGGCGAUGCGGCAUGUCUUCCUGUUCGACAAGAUGCUGCUGGUCACCAAGAACCGGGAGGACGGCAUCCUCGCAUACAAGUCGCAUAUCAUGUGCAACAACAUGAUGCUAGUGGAGUCGAUUGCGGGUGCGCCGCUGUCAUUCCACGUAAUCCCGUGGGACGCGCCGCGAGCGCAGCUCACGCUGCAGGCGCGCUCGCACCGCCACAAGCGCGAGUGGACGCUCUUGUUGAAAAGGGUAAUAUUGGAGAACUACAAUGCCGUUAUACCGUCCCACGCCCGACAAUUGGUGAUGGAACUCGGACAGAACAAAACUGACGAUGACAUGCUAGCUGAGAAAUCACACAACCUGAUUACGCAAGCGUCGAUGAGAAAACAACUCUCAGCCCCAGAGUACCUCGAGAAGCGGAAGCUCGAGCGAGAACGAAGAAAAUCCUUCGAGAACGGUAUCAGAGGCCGCCUAAAGAAGGCCAAUAGAAAAUACACAGUACCCAACUCUAGAACUGAGACCAAUCAAGAUUGUGAUUGUGCUCAAGUAUCACUCGAGAAAGGUACAGAUUACACUUGUGACAAUUGUUACGUAGAUCUUUGCUCUGAUUGCGAAACUGAACUCAAUAAAGACAAAGUAAAAGAUGAAAAGUGUAGUUGUAGGGAGAAUGAACUUACCGGGGAAAAGUGUCCUGAAUGUGAUAGGUCUUUACAGUACAUAGACGCUGGUAGCACAGAACAUUUAGAACGAAAGCCAUCUGGCUGCAAAUGUUCUGACUUCCAGUCAUCACAAGAAAGCUUCAGUAAAGAAUUCCCAAGUACUACUUCUUUAACGAAGACUAGAGGCUACCAUUCUUCUGAUAACAUCGUAGGUUACACGGAUAACAGCAAAAGUAAAGAAGACUUAACUGAAACAAAUAGUUCUCUGCUUAGCGUGCGAAAUAUUCCAAAGACAUGUCUAAAGUGCGCGAAGAUAAAAGAGAAUAUCCCUGUAACUGAUACUCUCAGCAUUCAUGGAAGAAAGAGUAGGUGUAACGAUACGGACAAACACAGAACAGACACUUUAAGAUCAAAAUCCAAAGACGAUCCUCAGAGGUCGAAGUUGUCCAAAAUUGGGACAUGGAGGAGGAAAUCUGAACCUGGCUUGCAACAAAAUGGAAUAGUAAUCAAGAAGUCGCAAGACAGUGAUAGUGAAAGAAGUGACAUGAGAGGCCAUGAAAAAAUUGAGUUUGAAUGUCGAAAUUGCGGAUCAAACAAAAUUACACGCAGGGCCAAAAUUAACGAGGGAUCAAUUUUAUCGGAUCCUGAAAUGGACGGUAAGAAAAAAGGAAAUGCGAUAAAGCCUAGCAUUGAGAUAAAAAUGUAUAAUUCGAAAAAUAUACCAAAGAAAAUUUCCAAGUUAAAGAAGAACAGGGCUAAAGGAUUGCGCUUAGGAUCCGAUACAACAGCAAAGUUUUAUGCAGAUUUAUCUACUGAUGUUUCUACCGAGAACAUUCUUCACAUAUCUGAGUCUAAUGAUAGUCUAAACGUCGAUAAGGUUAAAGACAACUCACAAAGCUCUGAUCUACCCGAGACAAUUAGCAAAGACGAAGAUAUUGACGAAGAAACUUACAAGAAGCUCAUAGAGAAAACCGAUUCGUUCAAAAAAAACGAAUUAGAAAAAGUUAAGUACUUAAAUAAACAGAAAGUGAUAAACGAAGGUUCAGAAGUCGAUGAUAAGAAUGGUGAAGUGGAAACACGAAACGAAGAAACAACAAGAGAUUUUGAAGAAACGGAACAACCUUUAGAACAGAUAAUAUCUCAGUUAUUGAUGCAGAACAGGGAGUUUCAGAAGCUUUUAAAAAAGCAGCAGCAAAGAAACACUGCUCAAAGAAGACAUCAAAGACUUUUGAAAUCCCAUUCAAAUCCUGAACAAGUAAUUCUAUCACGGCAUACAGAUUCACUUAAAUUGAAACCAAAGUAUGGUCGUCAAACUUCCGAAAAUUUUGAAAGCUGUACGAAUGACGAUAUAUUGGAAGUAUUAAGUCCAAAACUUGAAAUGGAAGAGGAAGAUCAUAUUUACGAAACUCUACGAGUUGAAAGUCGAACAGAUGAAGAAGUUUCAAGUACGAAUAAUAAACCAGCUGUACCGCAACAAAAUUCAGCUAUACCUAGAAGAUUGCCUAGCCCACCUAAUGCAACAAAGAAUAUUCCAGAAAUUACUCGAACAAGUGUUUUUGAGUCCGAUUACGUUUACUUAUCGUUUGACAAAUUAAAUGCUCAAGACAAAGACGGAAUAUACGACGUCCCCGUUAAAUCUCCCCCAAAAGUUGAUGCAAAACGUCAAUCAGCAGAUUAUUAUGUCGCUAUGGAGAACCAGGGUCCUCCCACGGGAGAAGAAAAUCUUUACGAUAAUCUCGUGAAAGUAAGAAGAAAGAAAGAUGUGCCUAAUAACUUACCCGGUGACUACUUACCUAUGAGUCCUGAACAACAAAGUCCUAAUACUCCAGAAAUUUGGUUAAGUCGACAGAAGGAGCAUUUCAACGUUUCUAGAGACAGAAAAUCUGGUUCUUUACCAAGAAGUUUUCAAAUAGUCACUAGCGGCCAAGAAGAAAAUAAUUUGAGCACCUUCAAAUGUAAACCUAACAGCAAUAGCAAAACUUAUUUAAACAGAGAAGGCAAAGUUUUAAGUAUAGACCGACCGUUCACUAUAGCUUCCGAUCAGAGUGAGAUAAGUUACGAUGAUGUUGAGAAUUAUAUGACUGAUAGUGACAUGUUAAAAUUUAACAAGAACUCUAAAUCAAAUGAGGAUGAUUACGUACAAAAUAUAAGUCAGUCUACUUUAGAACUAGAGGAGGAAAUAGACAGAUGUUAUAAGACCAAUUUUGAAGACGUGAGCUUAGAUAAAAACAAGAACGAGAAUUUAUUAACCGUGUCCCAACCUAAUCUGAAUACAUCUAUUGCGUCAUCUUGUGAGGUUUUAGGCGUAGAACAAAAUGAAAACAAACAAAAUGACCUAGAAACUAUACACCCAGAACAUAAAAUUUACAAACCUACAAGUAACAUGCUAUCACUCAAAAACGUUCUCAGCAGAUUUAGAAAUCGAACGCCGAACAAAAAUAGUGACGAAAAUGAAAUAAACGCAAAUGAAGAAAGUAGUCCUGACAGCAUAAAAUCUGAUCCAAAAAGUCCAACAACCGAAAAGAGGUCUGCUUUAAAUCCUAGAAGUUAUUCCAAAAACUUACUACAAAGAUUUAGAAGUAUUAUUGGUGAUGAGCAUCCGGAUGACAAUCAAAACAGAAUGGACGUUAAAACUUCCAAACCGGUUGACGAUUCGCAAAAUAAUCUCGCAAAAAGUGACAUUAAAGUCGUCAUAACAUCUACAGAUAUCUGUCCAACAACAUCGACUAUAGCUUAUACUGCAAAUAAUGAUCCUCUGAGCAAAAGUGUGUACGAAACUACCACUCUCACAGAAAGUCAGAAUGAAAAGAAUAACUUAGAAACUCUUUCACAUAGCUGUGACAACAUUGCCCAGAAAAUUGAAGUUGUCAGACCGACAUAUGAGAAAAGUAUUAGUAUGGUUACAACUAUAUCUAGUAGUUUCGGUAGUACCGGGUCAAAAUCAAACAAUAGUUCCUACCAGAGCCUCAAUAAACUUCCUAUUUAUAUGCAAGGAAGUAAACUUUUAGGUGCUCGAAUAGCACAGUCGGAUUAUGUCGAUCCUACGACUUUAGUUAGCGAAAAAUCACCUGCUAAGAAUGUCAAUGUACUUAUAAACAAAAAUGCUGUACGGCCAGAUAGUUUAUUUUCAAAUUCUUCAUUUGUGACAUCAUCUAGUGAAGGAGCAUAUCAAGAGCAAAACAAAACUAAUGAAAAUCAGAAUGAACCUAAGGAAAGUCAAGAAAAACUAACCGACCCACCAGGUCAAGUUAAUUCAGAUGAAAGUUAUUACGAAAAAUCGUUUGAGAAGAUUGAACAAGUAACAGAUGAUGACGUCUUCAGAGAUUCUGCUGUAUAUUCCGACCAAGACGACAACGAUGAAGGAAAAACAGACAGUUCCAAUAAAGUAACAAGUAAAACUGUUACGAGAGUUGAAAGUAUUAAACGAAACGCUUCAUUUAAAACACAAAAAGUAACUGUAACCACUAGUAUUAAGGAGAAAAGUGGUAUACACACUCAUAUUGCUUCAACGACAAAUAAGUUUCAGUUCACCGAAAAACAAAACGAACAGAGAUCUCAAAACAUUCAAGGCAAUAGAGCUAAGAUAGCACCGCCAGUUCCUGUUAAACCUAAAAUAACUAAUAUUCCAACAACUAGUUUUCAAAAUAAGAGUUUUGUUCAUAGAAGUAACAGUCUAGUUAAAACCCAAGAACAAUCAUUGUCCACAGAAUCUGUUAAUGUUAAAACUAUUAAACGCAACACAAAUUACAAAAGUGUGACUAGAUCUGAAUCAACACCAACAGAAGAAAAGAAGCCCGAAAUCAGAACUCAUACUAACCCGAAUACAAAAGCAAAUGACGCUAAAGAGACUAAAGAAGAAGUAGACGGCCCGACUGACAAAACAAAAUUACAAGGCAAUAUACAAUUGAAGAGGCUAAGCUUCGAAAGAGCCAGUCUCGAUUCAGCUACACGUAAAAUCAAAGUCAACGAGAAGCGAUCAUCAAUUGAACCUCCGAAAAUAACCACCAAAUCCGUGUUAGAAAGAAGAAUGGAGUUAGAACAAAUGUCUAAAAGUCAAAUAGCGAAACCAACUCCAAAUAUGAAAAAGCCUGUACAAGUAGCGAAACCUAAAUCAAUAACAACAAAAGUAGCUACAUUUGAGAGAAGUGUUAGCGAUAAUGGAAAGAGAGAUACAAAGAUCCCUGCUAGUAGUUUUGUGAACAUUCCCACUGAGAAAAACAGUAUUAUUGACCCCAAAUCUGAAGCAAUGGAAGACCAGAAAAGUAGUUGGGUGAAACAAGUUGUCAAUAAAUUCCAAUGAGCUUAAAACGAGUGAUACGAUUGCAUUUAUGUCGAUUCCGUCUGAAUUUCUACUCCACUUUUUGAAGUCCAUCAAUAAAGAAUGUAGUUUUGUAGAACAUGUAUUGAGUUAAGAAAUAGGUAAGGUU